UUUGAACAUAACGAAAUUGGAUAAUUUCAAACACUGCCAUACGGCAUCUACAGGACAAAUAAACAGUAAAAUUACAACAGGAGCAAGAGAUUAGAGUAGACCCAAAUCCAGUGGCCGAAGGGAGGUGCACAUGACACUCGAACAACCACCAAGGACCCAGCUAUACCGCGGCCUUCGGUCGAGCGAUCCGAACGGGACACCCUUCAAUCUACCCAUGUGGACGGUGCGCCAGGCUCCCGGAUGCCGUUGCAGAGACCCGAUCCGGCGGAGGCAGCAGGUGGGUCGCGAGGUUGCCAGAUCUGGGAUCCCCCGCGUGCAACCCCACCGAUAGAAGCUGCCGGAUGGAGGGGACCACCGCCGAAUCCGCAAACAACCCACAAAACAGCGAACCCCUAACAAGAUCUGCAGGAGAGAGCGAGGGUCGCCAGAUCUGAAAAACAAACUAUACAAGAAACACAAAAACCAAACAACAAGAACAAACAAGAAAACCAAAGGGGUCACCAAAGGGGACCCAAAAACCGACAGACCCGGGAGGGUCGUCGGAGGGGGGAGCACAGGGCGGCUCCAACCAUGCUUGAACGGCCAGGAAACCCGGCGGCUCAAGCAUCAAAACCUCGGAAGCUCAAAGGCUUCCGAGCAAAAACAACACAGCGUCGGAGAAGGGAGGCAGAGGCAGGAGAGAAGGGAGAGAAAAGGGGGAAAGAGAUAUUCUUCGUUCAUUCUUUUAAAGGACGUUGGGUGUCAUGAUACACUACCGAAUUUAUCUGUCCUUCAUCUAUUCAAUUCUUAGGACUUUCAGGUUUACUUAUCCUUCCUUGCCUUCUGAACCUAAAGAGGUUACAUUCACUGCAUUCAAAGUCUUCCCUCCCGAUUUUCAGUUUGUGGUGCAUCUUCACUUUACCAGUUGUUGUCCCUGACUCUGAUGUAUCAUAUGUUGAGAUGUGCAACAGGUUUACUUAUCCUUCCUUGUCUUCCCUCCCGAUUUUUAGUUUGUGGUGCAUCUUCACUUUUCCUCUAAUGCGAAAUUCCUUUCACACUUGAGGACCCUAUCCUGUUACAUCAGUGGGAAAAAAUUUUCAAUUUUCCC